AUGAGUAAAAAAAGCAUCGAUACUGCAUUUCCCGAACCACUCGAUCGCACCCAAUUGAAAAGAGACAGCAUUGACAGCGUUCUAAACGCCGUUGGUAGUGAAUUAGGAGUAACGGACGAAAACGCAUCAUAUCUCGAGGCGUCGGUCAAUAGUUAUGGCUACGAAAACGAUGCCGAAGAAGGGUAUCCCGAGGAUUGCGAAGAAGGAUUUGUUUUCUGUAAGAAUAAGAGGGUACAAUAUCCACAACGGUCGAGAUCCAUAUUGGAAGAGGAUGCAUUCCUUGAAAACCCACUGACCGCCGCCGAAGCCAGAAAAAGCCUGAAUCGCAUCGGUCAAGUAGGAACGGGCUUAAUUUAUGCUUUCGUUCAAAUCGACGUGGACAAUAGAAACCUCACAAGCAUCGAUGAAAUCACCAACUUUAAAUAUUUGUCUUACAUAAAUGUGUCACACAAUCACUUGGACUUAAACGCUUUGGACGUGCUCAGAGAGUUGGGGUACGUGGUUGUGAUACAGGCUGAUCACAACAACAUCGAUUCCCUUUGUCUGUCUCCAAUGCCGUAUCUACAGGUUUUGACCCUAAACUCGAACAGAGUCUCGUCGCUCUUGGGCCUUAAGCAACCGUCGCUAAAGUGUUUGGAACUGAACGACAACAAAAUAUCUUAUCUGACCCGAUUGCCGAGCAAAAACCAUGAUAAAAACUACUUCAGCGAAGAAAUUGUUUGCCCGAACCUAUCCACAUUGGCAUUGUCCAGGAACGCCUUGGAGACAGUCGAACAAUUUGUGAUUGUAUCCAAUAAAUUACGUAUAUUGUAUUUGAGCUMCAACAAGAUUGGUAAGCUAAAUGGAUUAGACAAUUUACGAAAYCUGUCUCGUUUACACUUGCGUGGUAACCAGAUAUCGAACUUGGAUGGUUUUACUGAUAAUUUGAUGAAUUUGUCGUACUUAAACUUAAGGGAGAACCGCUUAAGCGACGUAAAAGAGCUUAACAAAUUGGCCUGUCUCAAAUCAUUAAAAACAUUGGUGGUGUCAGAUAAUAGUUUUAGUAAAAAUUCAAUCAGAUUGAAAGUGCUGAAGUUGUUACCCUGGCUGGAGAGGAUUGACAAAGGAACGGUUAGCUCUGCUGAAAGAUCCCAUGUAAUGUUAAAUGGGUACGAGGGAAACGAGGACGAGCAAAACGAGGAGAAGGAAGAGAAGUAA